GAGGGGCCACCUCCACCCGGAGGAGGAGCCCCGCCCGCCACUCUUAAGCACCGUGACCGGCGCUGCCCCGCGGCCGGACCGGCCAUGGAAGUGGUAUGGGAUUUCGUGAUAUCGCUGCUGCGAUCUUUGAUAUCCAUGGGAGCAUCUGUAGGAGCCAUAACAAAACAGGCCCUGUUCCCUCCUCUCAUGCCUGCAGGGCGACCUUUCCGUGUGUCCAAUGCCUCCCGAAGCAGGCGGAAAGGAAUUGUUGCAAGCAGCCUGCAAGAGCUCAUCAAGAAGACUUUAGAUUCCUUCUUUAUAUCUACUGGAAGAAUUACUAUGGUUUUAGAGGAAGAUGGCACAGUUGUGGACACAGAGGAGUUUUUCAAGUCCCUGGACGAUAAUACACACCUCAUGGUUCUAGAAAAAGGACAGAAAUGGACAGCAACAAGAAAUGGGGUAGCUAACAUCACAUUUGAUCUGUACAAGCUGAACCCUAAGGAUUUUAUUGGCUGCUUAAACAUCAAGGCGACCUUCUAUGAGAUCUACUCUGUCUCAUGGGAUAUCAAAUUCAUGGGAGCAAAGAGCAUAUUGCGGAAAGUGCUUCAGCUAAUAUCCCAUGCAGCACAAAUAGCUGGGCAGUUUCUUCUCUACACUGGAACAUUUCUGUUGCAGUUGAUGGGUGAAUAUGAUGAAGAUGACAUGUGUACAAGACCAAGGCGGGAGUAGUGGACACAGCUGCACCUCUGAUAUCGGAUCCUUUUGCUUAAAGGCAUUCUUUUGCCCAGUUUUGAUUGUCAUAAUGUUAUAGUAGGGGGUUGUCCACUAAUGUGAACUAACAUUUUUCCCAUUUGGGAAUGCAUGUAGGGCUCAGUCAUAAAAUAAGUGUUUGAUGUUCACAGGCUCUUAAUGGCUCAAAAGUAUGUGUGCCUAAUGACUGAGAGCUUGGCAGAAGGAGAGAGGGCAGGUUUUUUGCCCCAGCAACUCAAAACGGAGAAUAAGUAUACUUGGAAACUUGCAUGCUUUGUAACCAGUGGAGUAUUUUUUGCACCAAUUAAAACAUGGUUUGGUUGUUUUGGGGUUUUUUUUCAUGGCUGUCUACUUGCAUUCUGAACAGACUAGGCUGUAAGGUCAGGGCAAGGGGACUCCGGGUUUGUUUGUUUGUUUGUUUGAAUCCUUAACAGUGCUGGUAUUAGUGUCAAACUGGCAUUGUGGUACAACAAGGUGAAGUGUACUUAUUUACUCCUGCUAACAGUGGAACUACAUAACACAACUUCAGUCCUAGUUCAGUGACUGACUACUCUCAUGAAAUCUAAUUGGAGACUGGGCAGCUACUAAGCAGAAGCUUAAAAUUUAGCCUUACUUCCCUUAAAACAAGUAAGAAGAAAAACAUUUCAUUAUAGCUCUUCAUAUUUUUCUUCAAAUCUUCAGGAAGUUCAGAUUAUUAUGCCUCAUACCAGUUGAAGAACCUGAUGUAUUUCUAUAAUGAAUGUCAUGUCCAGUUUUUACUGAGUAUUGAAUAAUCUGCCGUGGUUUCAUGAAUAUGGCUUAUAAGUAACCUGCUGAAGUUUCCUGCAGGGGUUAAACCAUCAGUUCUGUAGUUUUCACUGGUCGGUUACAAGAUGACACUACUUCUCAAGUUGUGCUUGAGGUACAUGUAAGAGAUGCUGCAUAUUUUGAUGCCCUGUGUUCAAUGAGAGCAGCAGGACACUCUCUAGUCUUGCAUAACAUAAAUGUAUGCCCUAAAAUGAGGUAUUAUAGUCUACCAAGACAGGCUGUAUUAAAGGGCAAAGUAAUGUCUACUGAACUGCUAGUAUGACCAGAUUUCAGAAAGCUUUUCCUCAACAGCAUAAAAAAUUGGAAAAUGUGUAGCCUUAGGCAUCUUGUGUCAAAAUGUAAACUCACAUUGGUGAAGGGAAAAAGCCCAACUUUCACUGUUUAUAAGUGUGACUUUUGAGUUUUUUGUUUGCUUGCUCAAGAAAAAUUUUAGUAAGACUAAAAGCUGUUAAGGAGACAGUAAAAACAGAGCUAAAUGUGUCUGAUGUGACAGUAGAUUCCACCUAGUAAGAGAAGCUCUGGUGCAGAGAGGACAAGUGUGGGAGGGGAAGAAAGCAGUGAGAGUGAAAGGGAAGAGACUACUGUGGAGCCCACAGUGUUUGCCAUGCCACUGAGACAGGAAUCCACUAACUACGUACAUCAGCUGCAUUGAUCAGUUGGAAGAAAACCUAACCUGAUAAAAGAGAAGAAGGAAGAUUGAAAAGAUGAAGCACCGUGGUUGGUGGGAUCCAUUCUGACCUGUCAGCUGGUUCUGUUCACUUCAAGUGUCACUAACACGGGAAUAUUGCUCACCUUCAUAUGCUUAUUUUUGCCUUCCUAUUAUGGAUGGGGCUGCAUCUUUCAAGUCACUGUUGUGAUGAAAAGCAGCCUAAAUCCAAGUGCUGAAGGGACUGAUGGACACAACUUUGGUAGGCCUCUGCCUGUCUCUUCAGUAAUGGUAGUGCAAAUAAGUAGACAGCUAAGAAAAACCUUGGGUUUUUUUUUCCUCUGAUUUCUGUUUCCCAUCUACUUCUGAGUGUUUGCUGGAGGAGGAGAGAAGGCAUACUGCUCAGAUAAGGGGAGGACUUCUUCUGUCCUAGUUUCUCACAGGGAAUAAUUCCUGUAGUUUACUGCACUGCCAUGUGUCCUUCAGAAGAAAACAAUAAACUAUUCUGGAAGUAAUGAGAAAGAGAUUUUAUUAAAAUGAAAGCUUUAUACUUUAUUGUUCUUAACACCCCCCACACAGAUGAUUGUUGCCAUGUUAACUGUUGUCUCUCCCUGUCAAGGUACUGCAUUUAACUGACUUUGCAAGGACUUUGUAAUUAACUUUUUUCAGCUUUUAAGGAUCACUUAUUCUAUUAAAACAAACACAUCUCUUGAAAGCAAAUUCUGUGAAAUGCUUCUAAGAAUAUUUAUCUUGCUAAUGGUGGGAGCACCAACAUAAAAAAAAAAUAACAAAACCAACUUGUAUAGUUCAUUAUUGCUUUUUUUAAGUUGCUUCUUCAAAAUCUGUAAUAUAAAAGCUUUUGCAUGUCUGAACUGUGCAGAUCUCGAAUUCCAGCCAGAGGCAAUUGUUACAGAACUAACGCUCCAUAGUUUCCAAUGGCACAACCUGGGAACUUCACAGUGAUCUGAAAUGCUAUCUUGUUAUGAAUUUGCAAUGUUUUUAAGCAGCUGCUGCUUUGACAGCUUAAACUGUCAAAGCUUGAGCUGCUGAAGGUCAUGUGAGAAGCAGUCUCCAUCUCAGAGCAUUUCCCUCCCAUUCAAAAUGCAAACUGCUGAACAAAAUAACUCAGCUUUGAUAUUUUCUCAAAAUGGGAGAAGCAUCUUGGAAGUCGUGUUUAAAACUGUUUCAUUGCUUCUGAAUCUGGGUCUUUCACAGGCUUAGUAUUUGGGGGAUGAUAUUUGCUACUGUACCAACUUCCUUCCUGAAAUAAAGUUUGGCUUUGGGUCAAACUGGGUAAGUUUGUCGUUCUCUGAGUUGGAACCAGUUUGAUUAUUUAUUUUCUUUUACAGACUGCUUAGGAAGCAUAACUUUUAUUUCAGCUGUGUAAGGUACACAGCAAAGAAAACCUUCAGCUCUAUCUACCUUUCAGAAAAUUAUAUACAAGCGUUGUACAAUAUCUAGCAACAAUUAGAAAAACUAAAAGCACUGGCCCUUAAAGGCAGGUAUGUAGAGCUAAAGCUAGAUUUUCUACCUGACGUUUUUAGCUUUAGUUUUCCUUUCCAUAAACUCAGUUAACCUGCACUUGUGACUGUUGCAGACCAGGCUGGUAGCAGUGACAUGUAGAAGGUGUGAGACACAUUUACUGCCUCAUUGCUUGCACUGACCCUUUUUGCCUGUUGCUUUGCAUCACUUACUAACAAUGCACCAAGUCAUACUCUCUAGUUACCAAAAAAGGAAUUUUCACUGAAGUACAUGAUCUUGUUGACUCAGGCACUGCUCAUGUUCUGCAGGCAAAACAAAGUUGCUCUCUCCAGAAUGGAGGAUCUAGUAGCUUUUUUGUGUAUAUAAUUUAUCAUUACUUCAUUUCCUUCCUUUCGUAAACCCGUGAAGUUUUUGCUUUCUUGUACCUUCCGAUUCUUUCAGAAGAAACAGGAUUACAAGCUCUUCUGUCCAGGGAGAGAGGAAAAAACAGGGUCUGAAUUCCUUAGAUCGUUUGGAAUAUGCUCUAGGAAACAUCCUGCACCCCUUCCCUAUCAUUCAUUUCCAGAGAAGAGAAGGGUAAAGAAAGGAAAAUAGGACUUUGAGCUGAAAGUCUUUUCAGUGAAGUGAGUAGAGAGGUAGGUGUUCACAAUUUUGGAAAUGUUAGUAAUUCUGAAUAUUAACUGUGAAGAUAACCACAUAUGCUAAUUUGUAACUGACUAGAAUUGCAACUUCUAAAUCAUUUCAGUAUGUGUCUUCCUGAGAUAGCACUUGAACUAAGGGCGCAAGCUUCUUUAGUAAAAGUAAAAGUAGGGUUUAAAGCCAAAGUACAAAGUAUAUUUUUUACUUGAUUCCUCAAGUUUUACUAGAGGUCUUAAUGUGAUUAACAUGCCACUUCAAUUAUAUAUCCUUGUGGGGCUUAGAGUUUAUCACUGCUUCCUCUACCUUACAUCAUCAUAUAUGCAGUUAAGAUAUUUUAAACAUGAGGAAUGUUGUUUUGCUAAAGGAAAAUAUAGUACUUUACCACUUCACAAUUUUCAAGCCCAGUAGUUUAACUUCCUAUGAAAAUUGAGAUGGGUGAAAAUUGUGUCAGUGAUGGCCAUAUUUUCUGCUGUGUGGUGCCAAUUUUAAGGAACGCUGUCUGUGAAUAAACAAAAUCACAUGGUGGCAUUGGAUGUUGUCUCUAUUCAUUUCCAGAAUAACUUAUUCUUCAAAUAAUCACGAAUGUCAGUGAAUCUAUGGUCUGGCACAGACAGUUUCCAAAAGCUGGAUUGUGGCAGUGAAGUAACUCGAUACUAUUAUGUGGCUCUGAACUCUUAACUUUCUACUGCUGACUCACUUUCUGGCCUCAGAGAAACCGUGCAUGCUGUGUUUCCUUUCAUACAGAAAGAAUGCUUUCUUCCAUCUUUUACAGAAGUUGCAAAAGACUAAAAUGUACUGAGAACAGGAGAUAGAAGGGUUCAGCGAUCUCUGGUGUUCACUAAACACUGUUAGGAUUAAGGACCUCUUUUAAUAAUGCCUCACAAAAACUCCCUGAAGUCAUUUACCUACAGAUAGACUAGUAGACAUUUGACUGCAGGGAAAAAGUAAUUUAGUUUAGUGAAAUAUUAUAUUUGUCAAGUUCAGGAUCAGAUGAAGCUUGAGGAGGAAUAGCAUGCAAGUGUGAUUUGUCUAGUGCUGAUCUACCUAAAUAAGGGGCAGUUUUGCAGUUUGACUAAUGGGCAGUUCCCCUCUUGUGGGAGAAACAGGUCUGAUUUCUUCCUCUGGGAAAGCACAAAAUAGAACUGUAUUUGGUUUAGUGGCAAGGCUUUGGCAGUGAGAAGUGGAGGGAUCCUGUGGGGGUGGCCUCUGUGUUUUACAGAGCUGCUUCCAAAAUGAACCAACCAUUGCCCAAAGCUGAGCACUUCAAACCAGUUCGCAGUGUCUCUGUGAAAACAUAUUUAUGAAAAAGGAUGAAAAAUUCUGUGCAGCAGCUGUGAGAAAGAAGUGAAAAAAAUACAAGAGAUAACCUGCAGACAUCAGGGUCAGGAAAGAAGGGGGAGGAGGCGCUACAAGUGCCAGACAGAGCUUCCCCUGGAGUCUGUGGAGGAACACGCUGGAGGAGAUAUCCACCCAGCCAUUGAGGACCCCUCCCACAGCAAGUGGACGUGCCAUGAGGGAAGCUGCGGCCUGUGGAGACCCCAUACAUGAGCAGUUUUUCUGGCAGGAGCUGUGGCCAGUGGGGGAUCCACUCUGGAGCAGCCUAUUCCUGAAGGACUGCACCCUGUGAAAGGGACCCACACCAGAGCAGUUUGUGAAGGACUGUGGAAAGGGCCCACGCUGGAGCAGAGGAAAAGCAUGUGAAUGAAGGAACAGCAGAAAAAAACUGUUGUGGACUGACCAUGACCCCCAUUCCCCUGCAUUGCUUGGGAACAGGGAGAGGAGGUAGAAGAGCUGGGAAUGAAGGAGUGAAGCUGAGCUUGGGAAAAGAGCGGAGGUUGGGGAAGGUGUUUUUAGUUUUGUCUUUGUUUCUCACCAUCCUACUCUAGUUGAAAAUAAAUGAAUCUUCCCAGA